AUCAUUCGUUUAUGAAUUCCACGGCCUACCAAGCAUUGGAUAUUCCGAUAGUAAAGUCUGUAUUAAUUCAUGGCGUGUCAGGAGUAGGAAAGACAACGCUAAUAAGUCAGGUUGCUGAAUCAUUAUCGUGUAUAUUGUAUGAACUAUCAAUUUAUGACUUACUACAGUUUAAAGAGGAAGAAUAUAAUUCACCAGAAUUUGUAAAUUAUAACCCACUUUGCUUAAUGAUGAAUAAAGCUGCUCAUACGACACCAUCCAUCAUCAUCCUACGUGAUCUAAACGCGCUUGGUUCUGUUGGAAGAGAUAAAGCAAGCAAAUUGAUUCACAUUAUAUCAACUGCAAUAAAUAGCAUAGAUGAUCACAAACAGAUAUGUAUUAUUGGAUUAGCCCAUCAAUUAUCUUCACUACCUGAUGCCUUCAAACGAACAGAUAUAUUCAGACAGCAUAUGGCAUUACCGAUCCCAACCAUGACACAAAGAAAAUCACUUUUGAAAGAAAUGAUGAAAGUAUUGGAUUUAGACGAACAAACCGUUGAAGAAUAUUCCACCCAAAUAAGCUUGCGUACUUCUGGUUAUGUCGCAAGAGAUUUAAAAUCGCUGAUACGACAAACCAUGUUGAAAUCAAAAAGAAGAAAGGCAGCAAAGGAGGAGGAUAUAGCGAACCGAUUAGAACAGCUAUCCAUUUCUUCUGAUAUCCAAUGGGAAGAUUUUGAAUAUGCCAUACAGGUCCACAGACCUUCACAGCAGUUAGAGCAAGAGGUUACAAUGCCUAAAAGAGACUGGAGUGAGCUUGGUGGGUACAAAGAGAUAAAAGAUCGGAUGAGACAAGCAGUCCUUUUACCUUUGCGAGAACCAUAUGUAUUUACAAAACUGGGCAUUCGACCACCUUCUGGCUUAUUGCUGUACGGCCCAUCAGGCACAGGAAAGACAGCUCUGGUGCAAGCACUCAUAACCGAAUCUAUGAUGAAUGUCAUUUCUAUCAAAGGACCAGAGAUAUUUUCAAAAUAUCUAGGGGAGACUGAGGAAAAGAUUAGAACUAUAUUUGCUACUGCCAAAAGGAUCUCACCCUGCAUUAUAUUUAUUGAUGAAAUGGACGCGAUAGGCACCAAGAGAGGGCUGGAUGAUAUUUCGGGAGGAGUUAACGAACGAGUGCUGAGUACUUUAUUGAACGAAAUGGACGGUGUUGAGGGCAGACAAGGUGUUGUUGUCAUUGGCUGUACAAAUAGACUAGAUCAUAUCGAUGAUGCUAUAUUAAGACCAGGACGAUUGGAUCAGUUAAUUCUUGUGGAUUUACCUACGCUAAAGGAACGUAUAGAAAUAAUCAAGACUUAUAUGCAUAGAGUAGCAAUAGCUGAAGAUGUGGAUCUUGUGACAUUAGCAUAUCAAACCGAAUCAUGUACAGGAGCUGACAUUGAGAAUUUAUUCAGAGAGGCGGGUACAUUGGCGCUAAGAAAAGAUAUGAAUGCACAAAGGAUAACUAUGCAAGAUAUCUUACAAGCACAUACAGCUUUGAAUAUGCCCAAAAUUACCAAAUAAAACGCCUUGACCUUUUUAUUAAAAAAAAAAAACUGACCUUUCAUAUUAAGAGAUGACAGUUGUAUUUUAAUGACUAACAAUAAAGAAUAAGACUUGUUUUCGCUUCUAGUUUAUCUUACAAGGCCAGCUCUGCAAUGUUUAGGCGUAGUUUAUUGUGUAUUUAUUGUAAACUGGAAUCAAUUAGCCUUCAUUUAAAAAAAGAAAAUAAAAAAAAUUUAAUAUCGACCCUUUGAAGGAAUAAGAGCCUUUUAUACUUAUUUUUUCUUUCCGGCACCUUCAGCUGCUUUUUUUGCUGCUGCAGCUUCUUGUUUAGCACGCAUAAUGGCAGCAUCACUAGAAUAAUUGGUGAACAACCUUUUUGAUAUCAAGCUCUCUUUGCUUACUAUUCUUUCUUUUGAGUGACAGU